AUGAAAGCUCUUAUUCAACGUGUACGUAAUGCCAACGUUACAGUUAAUGGGGAGCUAGUUAGUAAUAUUGGACAAGGAUUAUGUAUCUUUAUAGGUAUCUCAAAUACUGAUACUGCUAAGGAUAUGGAGUUUAUGGCCCGUAAAUUACUUUCUUUAAAAUUAUUUAAUGAUGAAACAGACAAGAGGUGGAAAAGAAAUGUUGUGGAUGCAGAUUUAGAAUUGCUAUGUGUUAGCCAGUUUACCUUAUAUAAUACAUGGAAGGGAAAUAAGCCAGACUUCCACCUCGCAAUGCCAGGAGAUAGAUCAAAGGAGUUUUAUGAACAGUUUUUAGAAUUGUUAAGAAAUCAAUAUAAACCGGACAAGGUUAAAGAUGGAGUUUUCGGAGAGUAUAUGCAAGUAUCGAUUCAAAAUGAUGGACCUGUUACUUUAGAAAUUGAAUCCCCUCCCAUAAGUGAAAAGUCAAAGACAAAGGACAAACCUAAACAAGCUAUAAGUGAAAUAGAAAGUGAUGAAAGAUAG